CACGGUGGCCGUCUCUUCGGGUGAAAGCUGUCUUCCCUGCGCCACUGGUCCGACAAAACGCUGCUGUAGCAGAGCCAGUCAGUCCGCACAGACCCGAGGCAGAGCACACACACGGGAGAGAGCACGUACACACGCGGGGAAUCAUUUUUUGUUCGACCGAUUGGCAUUGAUUUGCAUAUCCACUUCCACUCCUUCCUCAUUUGCAUACAGCAAGAAUGGCGAGCGGGCAUCCCACAGACAAAUUCAGUUUCAUGUAUCAACCAGACACGCACAAGAGUAAGAACAGGUUAUCUUCAGCUAUGAAUCCAGUCUACAGCCCUGUUCAGCCUGGCACCCCAUAUGGAAACCCUAAGAACAUGGCCUUCACAGGGUAUCCAGGAGGGUAUCCUGCUACAGCUCCCACCUAUACGCCCAAUCUCUAUCAAACAGGCAGUCCUGGGUAUCCACCAGGAUAUACUUCAGCAGGCACCCCAUACAAAGUGCCCCCCACUCAGUCAAAUGGAGCGCCCCCGCCCUACACUCCGACCCCCACCCCAUACCCAACAGCCAUGUACCCCAUCCGCAGUGCCUACCCUCAGCAGAACAUAUAUGCACAGGGAGCGUACUAUACCCAGCCGGUGUAUGCGGCUCAGCCACAUGUGAUCCAUCACACCACCGUGGUGCAGCCUAACAGCAUCCCCUCCACAGCCCUCUACCCUGCCCCCGUCCCUGUACCUGCUCCUCGCAACAACGGCAUGGCUGCCAUGGGGAUGGUAGCUGGGACAACCAUGGCCAUGAGUGCAGGGACCCUGCUGACAACGCCUCAGCACCCCCAGAUUGGAGGACACCCAGUUACUGUGCCAACCUACAGGCCCCAAGGGACACCUGGGUACAGCUACGUACCGCCUCACUGGUAGAGCCCACCCAUCAUAUCUGGAGUUCACCAUCGUAUGCAACUGCUCAAAUCUUACACGGGCUCCCACUGGUAACCAUGGGAACUCGGCACCUGUCUGCAAGAACAAAACUAAAGUGCAACAGCCACUUUACUAUUAUUGUUAUUGUUAGUAUGCGACAUUCUCUAACGUUUUUACAAAAAGCUGCUUUUAUUUUUUAUUUUUUUGUUUCUCUGUUCAUUUGCCAACCAGUCAUUACUUUAUUUUGUAUGGCUAUUGUUUUAUUUUUUUAAUUUUAUCUCCUCAUUUUCUCUCGAUGUGUCUGUCAUCGGAACUCCAGAAGGACUCUUGACCAAUCACAGGUGUCAGUUGCUCCUGUUUCUGUGUUGUGCUGGUGUGUGUGGUCCUUCCUGCUGCUGCUGCUCAGUUGGCUGGAAAAUAUUGGGCACUUAUUCUUCAUUAUCAUCUCGAUUAGUCACUACAAAGAAUUAUUGACUUAUGCUGCCAAAUUUCUAACAACUAGACAUCAGCACAGGGUUUUAACAUGAUUAGCAUUUUGGGUUUUUUUUUUUCGGGUUAUUUAAUUUUUUUACUUUCUUUUAAACAAACUCAACACUUAUUUUCUGUAGCCUUUUUUUUUCUUACCUUUGUUCUUCCUUUCUCUUUGCCCUUUUUAACCACUUUAUUUCGAUUUCAGUUAAAUCUCUUUCAGUUAAAUCUCAGCCGUCUUCCAGUGCGUAGCUGUCUGUCCGGCAGUAGUCAGUCCAUUUUCCCCGUCGUUACGUCUCCACUUGAGUGCUAUGUCGCUUUGAGCAGAGCACUUGCUGACCAUUACACAUCCUGCUGCGUGUCCCACUGUGUCCACAUUAGCAUAACACACACUAACAAAACAUCACUUCAUGCUACAUACUAUGCAGGCUAGUAUGUUGUGACACUAUUGGACUCUUAAACUUAGCUUAGGUCAAUGCAUUUUAAAAAAUAUAAGGAUAUUUAUAAUUACCAUGUCAACAGCAUGGGCGGUCGUGUUCACUUUCUCACACACACACACACACACACACACACACACACACACACACACACACACACACACACACACACACACACACACACACACACAUACAGGGGCUCCUGUAUGUGUUGGAAAAUACAUAAUCAUUUAGUGGCACUUACUGUACAAUACCUCCAGUUAUGUACACACACACACACACACACACUCACAUACUACAUGGAUUUCAAGGGUUGUGCAUGGCAGACAGCAGAGAAGGAGUUUAAAGGGAUUGUGUAGGCGCAAAGAGAGCAGAGCAGGAUGAGACAGGGACAGAGGACAAGAAAAGAAGAGGAGAUCACAUAUUCACAGUCAGGUCAUUUCAAAGUACAAGACAUUCGAGUUUGUGACAUCUCACCUGCAAGAGACCACACAGACACUCGGCUAUUUUCACACUACAUGUGUACAUUGAGUCCUCACUGCGAGUACAUUGUCUCCUCCUCCAUUUCUGCGUCCAGGCGAGGACUUUGUAACCGUACAAACAGAAACCCACACUUUUGAGUACACAAUUUAAUAAUGGACCAGUCAAAUCAAUAUGUGCUGAUGGAUAGCAUUCAAUUCACUUAUCCAUUCCAGUUCUGUGUGGUAGAGCACCACAUUUAGGAAGAAAUUGUGUCCAAUCAGAAGGCUGUAAUGUGUAAACACUUGGUCGAUGUCAUAGGGGUUAUUUGUUAUGCUGUUGAAUAAAAUGUUUAACUUUGGGUAAUAUCAUCUGAAUUGCAAGAGCAGUGUAGUCAAAAAAUGCAGAUUUUAGUGUCCAUGGCUUCAGCAGAAAAUAUUGAGACAUUUUAGCAAGGAUGCAGAGCCGUGAUGAUAUAGUGACACUCAUGCCCCUUUUUCCACCAAACUUGCUCUGAUUCUUGAACAGCCUCUAUUCUGGAUUCCAAUUAUCAAUGAUAGGAAGGCAUAGAAGAUUAUUACGUGCAAGACUUUAUCCUCUCUUGGAUUGGGUAUUGCCACUGACUUCCUGAGUCGAUUAUGUUUAGAUCAAUGAGGUUUCGAUUUGAUAAGGGAUAUUUCAGUUACAAUAUCAAUUUUGCUUGAAUGUGAAAGAGAUCCUCAGAGAAUUAAUGUUAUUAAUUGUACAAAUACAGAACAGGAUUAGAUUAUUUUACACCAAAGCAUAAAACAAGCUAACAGUUACAGAUAAAAGGAGCUGUAAUGAGCAGGUUUUCAAUACUAGGGUCUUUAAUAUUUUGGACUAGAGCCCGUGUAAUAAUAGCGAAACUAACGGGGUUAAAGCUUCACACGUCUGUGGGAAAGUAUUAAAAGACUGAUCUCGAAUUUUAUGAAUCGAUACCAGAUGAUUCAAAUAAAGAUCAAUGUUGUUACAUUUUGUACUUCAUGUCAAGGAAACUGAUUUCUUGCUCCCAACGGUUCAUUAUAAUGUGCAGAAAAAGGUGGAAAAAGGCGUUCAGUGACUUAGUUUCAAACUGGUUCAGUCCAGUUGCCUUUUUACACUUGUUAUUUUUUAGGAAAAGAUUAAUCCAUUUGUUCAUUUUUUUACUGCAAAUUUCUGUAACUGCUCAUAUCUGCUUUAACUGACGGCAUUCAGACGUAUUUCUCCAUUUUUUUUAAAAUCCAGCAUAAACCUUGAUUUUAAGAAUAUAGUCAUCAGAUGAGGAUAAUAUCUGAGCCAAUGAGACGUGGACCAUAUACAGCCAGUUUCUGUUGCCUUUAUAAGCUUAUACAUAUAAAGGCAUUUAGGUGCAAAGGCACUAUGAUGACACAUCAUAAUCAAACAUUAUGAACAUACCGAGUAGUGGUGGUGAGGUUUCAUAUUUAGGUGAAGCCUGUGGCAUUUUGUCAGGAUUCACACACACGAGAAAGACUGAAAUGACAACUUCAGGAUCUGUAGAGUACAGAUUUGUAUAACAAACAGCAUUUACUGCGCGGGUAUGUAGAUGAAGUGGUUUGAUAUUGCAAUAAAAAAGAGGGAACGCCUCCAACUGUUAACAUACAGUAAUUAUUUUAUCAGCGUUUUGAAAUGAUUUUGUUUUUAAUGCUUAUUGUUGUAAUCUCUAAAUAUGGAUUACAGGCUCUGUAUGCAGCCUCCAUUCAAUAAUUAUUACUGCUAAGAAGAGAUGUAGAACAUAUCAAAAAUUUGGGUAUUGAAUAACUUUGUGAGGAAAUAUUGCACAACAUAUGACAAAAAAAAAAAAAAACAGAAAAAAAACUUGACUAUAAGUUAAUGCUAAGUAACAGGUACCUAGGCUUUGUAGUACUGGAGGCAGGAAGAAGCAAUUUAUAUUGUAAUUAAAAAUAAAACAAUAAGGUCGAGUGUUUGAGGUAUUCUUAGUCCAGAUGUUUGUACACUAGUAGGUUAAUUCUCAAGAAAAUGUUACAUAAAGCCGCUAUCGGAUGAAAACCGUCGAUAUUUGAGCCUUAUUUUUAAAACGACCGUUGUAAUUUAGAAAACAUCACGUGGAUGUUUUCAAGUCAUAAAGUGUUACCACCAUGAAAGGAUCUUGUACAUUUUAAGUCAGUAAAACUGAGAGGAAUACAGAAAGUGGGUUUUCUUGCGACAGCAGUAAUGUUACUUGUCAUUAGGAUUUAUUUAACCAACCACUACUUCUGUCAGUAUUUCUCAAUUAAAUCAUGUUUUUUUCUUCUUUCCCUCUGGUCAAUUGAGCAUAAUGGGUAUGCAUAAUAUUCAGGUGUAUUUCACUAUAGCAUUGGAUCUCUAAUUUUGAAAAAAAAAUGCAGUAUAUUUAAACAGCAAGUGGUACAGUAAUGUAUUUCUAGCUAAGCAUGGUUGCAUCAUUGUGGCAGCUACUGUUUGUGCUUUUAAUAUUUUUAUUUUUACCUCCUCUUCUGCAUCUCUGUCCUCUACAUAUCUGUUACUGAGGACGGGGAAAAGUCAAGACAAGGUCUGUCAAUACACUUGUGGUAAUGCUCGUCACCAAAUCUCACAUUUUAAUUGUUGCCUAAAUUUGUAGACCUUUAGGAAGGAUUUAUAACAGAACUGAAAUGGAUAGCAUUGACCGAAAAAAAAGGUCUCCAUCGUGCUUUUGGGGGCCAGCUUUUCUGUCUAUUUCCGUUCUGUUGGUGCAAGGAUGCAUCAAAUGAUGAAUGAAAAACCCUCCAUUCCCUUUGUUCUGUGCCAUAUUUCACCAACAGUUGUUAAGUAAAUAUUAGUUUCUUCUCCUCAGUAACUGGUGAAUCUUGAGUCCUUGUUAUGUCUAGCUUUCUGUGAAUCUGUGUUUUCCUAUUGCUGUCCUAUUCCACACAUUGUCGAUGACGCAUUAUUGCCUGUUUCACUUUUAUCAUCCUUACUAUAUCCUCCCGUGUUUAUCCUAUUUACACUUCAGAGGCCAUUUAGCAUCCCUCCAAACAUUCUUUUUUUUUUUUAUCACAUUCAGGGAUGCAAAAUGAUGUCAGAUCAUAUAUUCUGCUCCCUCUCAUGUCCACUUUUAACCCUCUGCUCUCACAUGAUUUUUGGGCUUUGUGCGCUUUCAGUCUGACCUUUGCAAGCCUCACCACCUCGUCUUAGCAGCAGUCAUGUUGAACUAUAUCAUUAAAUUGGUGCCACCAAUGGCGAUGAUCUAUUUUCUUUUUUUUUUUUUUUGUAUUUAUGAAAUCACUGAGUCUUUUUAAACACUAGAUGUCACCAGUGACAAAGUCCAAAAGUGGCAUCAGCAUGAUGUAAAAUGAAAAUUUAAUGAUUAUUGGUGUCAUUUACAGUGAAGGAUCAAAAUUGGGUCACAUUUUAAGCACUAAAUUUACUUUUUCCAGACAUUUUCAGAAAUGACAUUUUUGACACCAAAUAAGAUUGUAUUUGGGGGAGUUUGUCAUUUUUAAGUUAAUAAGACAGUGAUUUGUUCCUGGGCUGUGGACCAGUGCUCAUGUUUUAAUGUGGAGGCUCAGUUGAGGUGCACUCCCACAGAGCAGGCUCAUUUUUCAAAGUGGUGGAACAGCUUCCUCAUUUCACUCCAUGCCUCGCCUCUCAUUUAUUUAAAUUUGCACUUAACUGAAAAUGGACAGUUUGUUGUCUUUAGUGGAGGAAUGCAAAGUUGUCUUAAGCAUGUGUCUUUUAUCAUAUUCAGUUUUCCUCCAUCAUUCUGUCCUUUGUGACAUUUCCAAACAUCGAAAAGGGGUAUCAUUAACGAGGAUGCUUUUUUAGUUUUUAUCCAGUAUAUUUUAAGCUUGCGCCUCUUCACUUUGACAGUGAAAAUACGACCAGAACCAUUCAUAACACCUCUCUUUCCCUCUCCCCUCUCUUCUUUCUUUGCCUUGCAGUUGCUAAGUCUUAUUUUUUCAUGAGUAUAAAUUAAAACUCUACUAUCACAGUGAAUAGUAGGCUCUUAAAUGUCUUUGAUGUUCUGCUGCAGCUUUUUAAUUUCAAUUUGUCAGAUAUCUUAGUUUAAUUUGACACUAAAUGUGAUGCAAAAA